CGUUUAGUUAUGUUUUAUGUUGAUUUUAGUUGUCAUUAUUGCUAUCUUGAUUAGUGUGCUACUAGUUGGAUGAUCUUCAGACCUAUUGUAGGGCAAUACGUGAAGAAAAACAUGAAUGGCGUUCUCCACUUCCACCGCCACCAUCUUUCGUCUCCUGUCCUCUUUGCUCUUGAAAUCCACCAUGAAACCGCUGCCUUUUCUCUGAAGCCAACCCAAAAAUCCCACCUCUCCAAAACGUUCUCUAAACCCUCUUUUCCUCACACAAAUAUAACGUUGUUCUUUCCUUCCAAAAACCUGAUUUCUUUCUCCCCUAACGAAGGCCUGGGUGAUGAUUCUACCCCAUCAAGAAUGCGGUAUUGUGGGCAUUUUUGGGAACAGCAUUUCGUCUGUGCUACUUGGCUCUUCAUGCCCUGCAGCAUCGCGGACAGGAAGGAACAAAAUAAAGCGGCUUAUUCACUGGUGUUUAUGACGGGGGAUAAGCUUGUUGCAAUGCGUGACCCAUUUGGGUUUUGGCCCUCGGCCAUGGGGAGGAGUAAAAGUGCUGUUGUUUUUGCUUCAGGAAUGACUAUUUUGUCCUGCCUGGUUCUGUUGUAUUUGCGUCUUUUUGGAGAACUUGCUCCGAGUGUUCAGUUGCAUGUGAUGUUAUUCAUUCCAAAGCUAGAUUAUGGUGCGGUGGUUGCUCUUGAUUAUGUAGCCAAAGCUGGAGUAUCAUUCCAGCAAGGGCUAAUUACGACUAAGGAGGCUCACAUUAGGAUUGCAACCCCAUCGGCUCUUGUUAUAAUGAAACAGGCUGUCUCCGCGGCGGCGGAAGGUGCCGCAGUAGGUGAUGAGUCUGAGAAAGACUGAGAACUCCGAGGCAUGGGUGGAGUUUGUCUGCAGAGACGGCUGACGGUACUGAGGUGGAGAAACAUCAAAUGUUGGAGGAAAUAAAGGUGAGUUAUGUAGCGGAGCAAACCCAGAUUUCUCGAGGAGACUAGGCAGGUAGAAGAUGAACUAAUGAGACUAAGGGCGUCUGAUGUGGCUGCGGGAACUGAGAUUCCAAGGGGGAACAGAGGUCAUGGGAUGCGCCGAAGUCGCGAAUGAGGCAUCAUUUUCCUUCUUGUAAAUUUAGUGUCAUUGUCAAUAGGUAUUCCUCUGGAUUGUGUAUGUUCUCAGUACCAAUGUUGACUAGUUCAAGGCUUUGAAAAUGAAUAUAUUUUAAAUAAAUUU